AUGGAAGACAUGGCGACUCCUCGAAGUGUGCAACGAUUGCAGCAGACGCUGUCGCACGUUCAGCACCCAAUAGAAUCUCUGCAGUGGUCCAUUGUGACGGGGCCAACUCACCCGAAGCUUCUCGACCUCACACUCGGCGAGCUGCUGACGCUGCAGGGGCUGCAGUAUGGCGAUUACGAGUGUCUGGUCUUCCCAUGGACAGGUACGCGCUGGACAUACGGCGAUCUCAAGAAUGAAUCGGACCGUGUGGCGCGCGGAAUACUGGCCAUGGGCAUUCAGAAGGGCGAUCGAAUUGGCAUCAUGGCAGGAAAUUGUGAGCAAUACAUCUCAGUAUUCUUUGCUGCGGCAUGUGUCGGUGCUAUUCUGGUGGUCCUAAACAACACCUACACCCCAUCGGAGCUUUACUAUGCCCUCGAUCACACGGAAUGCCGCCUACUGUUCAUGACGCCUUGCAUUGGGCGCCACAACCUGGAACAAGUCCUCGCCGAGCUAGGCCCUAAACCCACACAAAAGGGGACUUCGCAAUCCCUGAAGGAGAUCGUGAUUCUUUGCGAGCAGUAUGAUGGCUUCGGCACCUAUGACGGAGUAAUUGGUCGGGGUCUAUCGCAGGCGGCGCAUAUCCUUCAGGACCGUGAGGCCGAAUUGAGACCGGACGAUGUUUGCAACCUGCAAUUCACCAGUGGCUCGACAGGCAAUCCCAAAGCCGCCAUGUUGACUCACCACAACCUAGUCAAUAACUCGCGGUUCAUCGGCGAUCGCAUGAAUCUUAGCUCGUUUGAUAUCCUCUGCUGCCCGCCACCACUGUUCCACUGCUUCGGACUAGUCCUGGGAAUGCUGGCUGUUGUGACGCAUGGAUCCAAGAUUGUCUUCCCGAGCGAGACUUUUGAUCCCAAGGCCGUGCUGCAUGCAAUUUCGGACGAAAAAUGCACCGCCCUGCAUGGCGUGCCGACCAUGUUCGAGGCGAUUCUGAGUAUCCCCAAGCCUUUAUACUUUGACUCGUCCAACCUGCGCACGGGAAUUAUCGCAGGGGCCCCCGUGCCACGACCGCUGAUGAAGCGACUGUUGGGGGAAUUGAACAUGACAGAAUACACCAGCAGUUACGGACUAACCGAGGCAUCCCCAACUUGCUUCAAUGCCUUCACAACCGACAGCAUUCACACUCGCCUGACCACUGUUGGGAAGGUGAUGCCACAUACCACCGCCAAGAUUGUCGACGCGCAAGGAAACAUUGUGCCGGUAGGCCAACGAGGCGAACUCUGUAUCGCGGGCUAUCAGCUCACUCGGGGCUAUUGGCAAAACCCGGAGAAGACCGCAGAGACACUCGUCGCCGAUAGCGAGGGUGUUACCUGGCUGAAAACGGGCGAUGAAGCUUCGUUCAAUGAGAACGGGUAUUGCACCAUCACCGGUCGGUUCAAGGACAUCAUUAUCCGAGGCGGCGAGAACAUCUACCCGCUGGAGAUCGAAGAACGACUGACAGCGCACCCGCGCAUCGAACUGGCAUCGGUAAUUGGCAUCCCCGACCAAAAAUACGGCGAGGUGGUCGGAGCAUUCAUUGCAGUGGCACCGGGCGAGGGUCGCCUUUCGGACGAAGAGCUGCGUGUCUGGACGCGCGAGACACUCGGUCGGCACAAGGCACCACAGCAUGUCUUUGUGUUUGGUAAGGAGAACGUAUCAAGUGCGAUCCCAGUGACGGGCAGCGGAAAAGUCCGAAAGGUCGAGUUGCGGCAGACGGCAGCGGCGGUGCUGGCACGACGAGAGUCUUAG